AUGCCAGGGUCCGCUGCUACCGGCAGAUGCUACGGCUACAAGCUCGGGAUAUGCAGAGGGGACCCCGACAAGAUCCGGUUCACUAGUAAACUUUGGAGGAUUUCCGAGCUGCGAGAAUACUUGGUGAAGUGGAGGCGCGGAAACCAGUGGACUCUGAAUACUUGUUGCGUGGCCCUCAUGGGAUUCAACUCCCGGAAGCGUUGA